CACAAAUCCUUCUCUUGGCGGAACUUCAAGCCUUUCUCUGUUGUUCAUUCUUUGUUGGAAGUCAGGUCUUGUCUGAGGUACACACUGUUUCUUCUCUUGCCAAUUGGUCACUGGAAGAAGAAGAAGAAGGGGGGAAAACUCCAUGAAUCAAUGGCAUCUCUAAUACCAGGAGUGCUGCUAAAGCUUCUCCAAAGCAUCAACUCGAACGUCAGAGUUCGAGGUGAAUAUCGAUCUGUGCUGUUACAAGUUAUCAGCAUAGUUCCUGCAUUGUGUGGCUCAGAGCUCUGGCCCAAUCAAGGCUUCUUCAUCAAAGUCUCUGACUCCUCUCAUUCAACAUAUGUUUCUUUCUCAAAGGAAGACAACGAGCUUAUCUUGAACAACAAGCUACAGCUCGGACAGUUCUUCUAUGUUGAUAGAGCAGAGGCAGGAACCCCAGUCCCAAUCCUAGUUGGCAUUAGACCACUCCCUGGAAGAAAUCCAUUCGUAGGGAACCCAAAAGAUUUGAUGCAAAUGUUGGAUGGCCCUCCACCUGUUGAACAUGAUAAAGGAGUGAAUGUUUCAAAAUUGAAGAAAGAGGAGAACACGAGACAGAAAAUUGUUAUCAAAGAGGAGAGAGCUACUGUUGCUUCCAGGUAUAUGCAGGGUGUUUCAGCAAAGGGCAAGCAGCAUGAAAAUAAAGAAGCGUUGCAGGAAAGACCAACCUCACCAUCCCGGAAUAGACCUGAAACACUUCCAUCAAAUCCUGAAGUACUGGCAUCCACCGCCACCACCAAAGAGAUUUCAGUAUCUUCAAACAGUAAAUAUGCAAGAGGUUCAUCAAAUAAGCAGAAAAAUGCAAGCUUGAAUUCAUCUUCAAGCAACAAACACGAGUAUCUAUCUUCUGAUGCAAUAUCAUGGGCCUCUCUACCAACUAACUUGCUUAAAACUGGAAAGGUAAUGCUAAGGAGGAGAUAUUUAGCUUCUAUGGUUGCAGCAGAAGCACAGAAGGAGGCAUCAAAUGCUUCGAGUCUCGUCAAGUGCCUCAAUUUGUUUGCAGAGCUGUGCUCAUCUGCUUCACCAGAGAACCCCCAUCUUCCCCUCACAAAGUUCUUCGCGCUUCAACAGUUCAUUGACCAGCCAAAUGUAGCCACAACUCCACUGAAGGAUAAGUCAUUUCAGACUGUUCCUCCCGAAACAGAGAAAACUAGCAAAAGAAUUGGUUCCCUUCAUGUGAAAGCCACAGGAAAGUCUAUAAAGACUGCAUCAUCCAUGGAGUUCAACGCAGCUGAAAAGAUUGAAUGGGCCAAAGUAGAUGCUGCAAAGGAUAUUAAAGAACUAAGAGAAACCCUUAUACAUGAAACAAGAACUUGGUUUCUAAGAUUCAUGGAUGGGGCGUUAGAUUCUGGAUUCCGCAUGCCUGUCCAGGAAAAGAAAGGGAAAGGUGGUGUUGCAGGAAGACUAAUGAUGGAGGCCGAGAACAACCAGAUUGCUGUCACAUUGUCACAACUCAAGCAUGCAAAUGACUGGUUAGACAAACUAAGGAACAACCUGAACAUGGAAACCAAUGCUCCAUUGAUCAAGAAUAUUGAUAGUCUGAAGCAAAAGGUAUAUGCUUGUCUACUAGCUCAUGUAGAUUCAGCUGCAUCAGCCUUGGAGAACCGAGCAGAUCGACGCUGAUCCAAACAAUCACUGGGGUUCCUGGAUAUCAUAUGUUAUAAGGAGUCAGUCCAAGGUGAUUGAAAUAAAUUAUGUUUUAGUAAUUAUUGUCGAUAACCUGGAAAAAGUGAAAAUGAAAAUUAUAGAGCCAAAUACAGUUAUGAGAAGUUGGCUAAUCCUAUUCAUGUGUUUAUGCAUAACAAUAUCAAUAAAGAUUCCAUCUCAUGUUCGU